AUGUUUAAAAUUACAGCCCAUGAACUCGACAAAUUUAAUAAUUUAAAGGAAGGCUCACACACACCAACAAAUAGAUUCACGCAGGUUGCUCAAAUUCCAAACGAAUACAACAUUAGGGAGAGUCUCUAUUCUACUCAGUUGAGACGCUCACAACCCCAAGCAAAUGUAGCUAUAGACAUCGUAGAGGUUGCAUUCUAG